AGCGGCUUUGACCAUCGCUCCCCCUCCGCGGUGUCAGUUCAAGGAAACCUGUAUCUAACUGCUGCACCUCGGUCCUCUUUUUGCAGCGACGGAGAAAAAAAGGACUCAUGGCUGGUGAGACCACCGCCCCCGAAGGUACAACCCCUCGUCUCCUUCGGCUCCACGCCGCCGCCAAUUAUUCCGACUUCACCGCCCCCUCAUUAUCUACACCUUACAGACUGGACGAGGGUUACUCGGACGAGACAAGAAGUCAGUCGGAUAAGGAACUCGCGAACCUGCCUUCAGAUGAUGUAAUGCCUCUCCCUGAUUGGCUUAUGUCUAAUAGCGAAACAGAUAGGGCUGAGAUUGCCUACAGUCUAUUGCGCACACUACCUACUUCCACUGUGGCCGCGGUUGUUGACCGUCUUGCGCCUGUGUUGCACAUGGAUCCCGUCGUCAAACUUCCUCCCGAGAUAACCUCUGAGAUCUUUUCCUAUCUUGACCCUCAGACUCUUUUGACAGCCUCAUUGGCAUCCCGCGCCUGGCGGGGUCGUAUAAUCGAUUCUCGUCUUUGGCGAGGGAAGUACAUUGACGAAGGCUGGCGUGUUGACAUUGAUGCAAUCCGUGCGUUCGAGGAGAGACAAUCUGGGCUUUCAUCCCCCUAUCUUCGUAAAUCGCGGUUAAGAAAUUCCGACACAGAUAUCGGAGAACCGAAGCAAAAGAAACGCGUACCCCCAAGCUGGCUAGACUCGCGAACGACAGGACACCUGGGUAGUUACAUGAUCGGGCGGCAAGAUGGACAGCAAACUUUUACGGAAGCAGACACUGAAGGUGAUCAUCUCAUGAGCGAUGUCUCCAAUGACCAGAGUGGGGCAGCUUCCUCGGAGCAUCAGUUAUUGAGCUCGAACAACGCCCCGGAAUCUCAGACAGACCUCGCUCGCACCAUACCGCAUGGACGCAAGUCCCCAUCAACCUACUCGUCUCCUAGGUCAUCUAUCCUGACUCGGAUGCCGAACGGCGGUGCUAAAAUCAACUGGCUUCAUCUUUAUAAGCAACGUAGACGACUGGAAGAUAAUUGGAAUAGAGGUCGCGUCACGAAGUUUCAAAUCCCGCAUCCUGAGCACAUGGCGGAGUGUCAUCAGGAAUGUAUCUAUUCAAUCCAGUUCUGGGGGAAUUGGCUGGUGAGUGGUAGCCGAGAUAGGACUGUCCGAGUAUGGAAUAUAGAUACGCAGAGACUGCGGUAUCGCCCUCUUGUGGGUCACACCAAAUCGGUGCUCUGUCUCCAAUUUGAUCCCCGCCCGACUGAAGACAUCAUCAUGACUGGGAGCAGCGAUAAGAGUGUCAUUAUGUGGCGCUUCUCUACCGGCGAGAAGCUUAGGGAGAUUACACCAGCUCACCGCGACUCUGUGUUAAACCUCAGAUUCGAUGAGCGUUAUCUUGUCACAUGCUCCAAGGAUAGGUUGAUCAAAGUUUGGAAUCGGCGUGAACUCAUGCCCGGUGACAAAGAGUAUCCUGUUAUUCACCAUGGAUCUGGAGCGAUGUAUCCAUCCUACAUUGUUGAUACAAACGAACUCCCAUCCCCAAUUACAGAGACAGAGUUGGCUAGGCGUCAUAUCCGAAGCUUAUCUCCGUAUACCUUGUUGAUGACAAUAGCAGGACAUGGGGCUGCAGUUAACGCCAUUCAGGUUAGCGAGGAUGAGAUUGUUUCCGCUUCAGGCGACCGAUUAAUCAAGAUUUGGGACCUCCGCAGUGGUCUCUGCAAGAAGUCACUUGUAGGCCACGCGAAAGGUAUUGCGUGCGUUCAGUUUGAUGGUCGGCGAAUCAUCAGUGGAAGCAAUGAUGACUCCGUCCGCAUUUUUGAUCACCGCUCUGGUGCAGAGGUUGCUUGUAUGUCAGGUCACGGAGACUUAGUAAGGACCGUUCAAGCCGGUUUUGGCGACCCACCAGGAGCCGAAGAGGCGAUGAAACUGGAAGCCCUAGCUGUUGACAACGAGUUCUUGGAUGCUCGGCACUCUGAUGAGACUGUAGACUACGGUCCGAGAGCUCUCCGACGUGCAGGGCAUCACCAAAACACUGCCGGAUCCAGAAACCCGAGGGAUAUCAAGGCUUUGGGCGCGCAUAUCCCGCCGGGAGGAGGUGGAAGUAAAUGGGCUAGAAUUGUUUCUGGCUCAUAUGACGAGCUCGUGGUGGUUUGGAAGAAAGACAGAGACGGCGCGUGGGUUGUCGGUCAGUCUCUGUCUCAUUUGCAGGCUUUGAAGGAAAUCAACGGUGUGGAUGAACAUGGUAAUAUUCGUGGCACGCGAAACGCUUUUGCUCAGCGAGCUCAGCGAGCUCGACUACCAAACCAGGGACAGCAUGCAGCGGCCGGCCCACCAGUCGCACCUGCAGUGGCGCAUCACCAUCAUCACAAUAACCGAAACCAGCAAGCCCAUGGAAAUAACAAUAACAACGGCCCUAGCCCACCAUCCUCUAGGGUCUUCAAAGUGCAGUUCGAUGCCCGAAAGAUUAUCUGCGCCACUCAGGACCCAAGGAUAAUGGUAUGGGACUUCGCGAAUAACGACGAAGAGAUUAAAGAAGCCUCUCAAUUCUUUAUGGGGCUUUAGAAUCAACACAUCUGCAUCCAUAUUCACACAUGCCUCUCUGACCUUAUUUGAUUUUUUCUUCUUCUCUUCUUUAUUUUCUCUUUCUCCCUUUUGAAUAUGCCGUUUAUGGAGAUGACAUCGGUCCUUUUGGUUUUAAUUCUUCGUUCGUA